CAUAUUGCUGUUGGUGUCUGAUGUUGGCCAAGCGAUCCACUACGGGCUCGUAGGAAUUAGACGAAUUGUGAUUGUGUCAUUACUUUAGCAGGGAGGGUAGGAAAGGGAAGGGUUGGCCUGGGGUUUAUGUAGGAUAAUGAGUGGUGCGCGGUGCUCGCCGUCUGGAGAGACCGACUGCAAACCAAACAUGGGUGAUGUUCUCGGCAAAGAGCACGAAGAGCCCGAAGAUAGAGAGGACCAACUUUCUGAUCCUUUCAGCGAAAAUAUGGAACGGGAAGAGGCGGAAGGGGCUGAAGCAGAGGAUGAAACUUCUUCGAGUGAUACUAAAGAUUCUCCCGGGCCCAAAUUAGGUCCCGGAGAGGAGGAAGAGAUCCAAUUGGUGAAUGAAGUCAGUGACAUAUUGACCAUUGGUGAAGGAGUGGAUCAUAAGCAACUGAAUCAAGCCAAAGAAAAAACACAGGUUGAUAGUGCAGAGGAGAAUCCUAACAGUAUCAGCAGAACACCUUCCGAAUUACCAGAAGUAGAAACCGCUCUCAUUACCAAGACACUUUUAGAUUCUAAUGCAUAUACAUGCCCUGUGCCUUCAUCCAAUAGUGAAGGAAGUAACAGUGUGGAAGAGUCAGAUGUAGACCUUGAAAUUGUGGUUGAUGGGUACUAUGAAGAUGGUUAUGAGGACGAUGAUGAAGAGGAUGAUGAGGAUGACGACGAAGAUGAUGAUGAAGAAGGGGGUGUGGAAGCUGAUGAUGAAGAUGAUUUCGCUGAAAGUGAAGUUGUGGAUGAAACUCCUGAAUUGGCAGAAACCAUUGGUGGAGAAGAUGUGAACAAGCUACCCUCUACGUACCCGUCUUCUGAUAGCUCUGAUGAUACUAGACAGACUAUCAGAAAGAAAACCGCACCUAAUGGAAGAUUAUGUGAUAGUAUGAGGCGUAGAAAAUUAAAUAAAGUUAAGGAAUGUAUGCAACCAAGGUCAAACAUUCCUCAUCAGUUAGAUCAAACAGCACUGCUCUCUGAGGCCAUGACUAACUUAAAAUUGGACAGUGGAAGACUUCAAAACUUCUGUGAUGCCAACACAGUUAAUAGCAACUCUGAGAGAAUUGCAGAAAGUAAAAUGUACCUUAAUGACACUGAAAAAGUGCAAAUGUCAGAAGACCAUGAUGAUGCAAGAGUGGAAGCUGAAUCUGAGAGCCCUCAGAGCCCGCCAAAUUUGAAACGAAUUGUUAAAAGUGAUGGGGCAGUAUCCACUGAGGAGGAGAAUUCAUCUCUUAAUGAGGAAGACAUUAAGGAAUUGAUGCGACAAGAAGCCUUACAACGUAGAAGAGAAACAUGCACAUGUGAAGCAUGUGAAUCAAAAAGGCUACAACUCAAUGAGCAGCGUAAACUCCAGGGAGCAUGGAUGGAGCUGCGCCACUUUGUUCGAGAAGUGUAUCAUAUUAUUUUGGAAACACCUCGGGAUGAUGUGAUGCCAAUAGUUGAUUCCUCCCAAGAUGAACAUAUGAAAGCUAUUGCAAAAAGGCUAACCAAAUCCGAUCCACAUCAACUCUAUCAUAGGCUGCAAUCACAAGUUCAUGAGGUAGCCAGUGCUGUCAAAACACGGCUUAAAGAAAUCUCAGAAGACCACCAUCAAGACACCCUAGUUGCUGCUCAGUUCUUUGAUGGUCUUUUCUAUUGCUAUGACAAAGUAUCAUCUGCUGCCAAGAGGAUAGCUCCUAUACUAGAAGAUUUAGAAGCAAGGCAUUUAUCUCGGUUCAAUCUGACAUGGGAACUACUUAACAAAGCUGUGUAUUACCAAGUUGUGUACAACGAUACUGUCAUUGCCAACAAAUUGCCUGAAAUGAUCGGUAUGGUUAGUGACAAGAGUCCAGAAGUGCAGGACAUGAUGCGGUUCUACAUGGCUUUUGAUGAUGAAAUGAGUAUUAUACAGGCAAUGUGGCGAGAGUCAUAUGAACUCUUACAAAAAUACAACAACCAGCAGGCCAAAAUCAGGGCAAAGCAGCAAAUGUUGCUGCGAGAUUGGGAAAUGUUUAAAGCUCAGCGUAAACGAGUGCAACGUUCACUUGAUGAAGGAAUUGAACUAGAUCGCAAUAGCCUAGCAGCUGAAAAUGGAUCAGAAGAAGAUGGAGCGGAGGUCUUAGUUUGUCCUUCAUGUAAUCGUGUUCAAUCUUGUCCUUGUGAUGAGUGCUGUCUAUCUCACCUAUUUGUUUGCCGUGCGCACAAUCCUGGUAUUCCUGCUGAUUAUAGCCCUACUCUUGAUGGCCCGAGGAUGGCUGGAGAUGGAGCUGGAGAUGGACCAACCCUAGAACAUAUCCAGAGAAGUGCUGCAGAUCAGAAAUGUUCCUGCCAUAUUUGCAGUGCUCCUCAAAAUGGCUCAGAGGUGAAACAGACUUGUUGGUGGUGCACCUUGCGCUGCGGAUGCUUGUGUAACCAUGAAGAACGUCCUCUCAAUCCUAACCAUGAUCCUGUGCACCACUUUACCAACACAAUAGCAGGCAAUGGUGAUGGGAUUACUGGCCAUUCUCAUUCGCACCAUGUCAAAUCAUCGCUCAAGUCUCUAGGGACCAAACAUGCAAAACACUGCCUAAACCUUGGAUGUCCAAACUUGGGAAAAGAGCAAGCCAAUGUACAACUAGGAGAGACAAAAUGCACAAUUCAGAUUAAGAGGUCUAAUAACAGUCAUCAACGGGUGAAUGGAGUCAAGAGAAAUGAUUUGGGGCCUGUAGACAGUGCAGCAGUCGCUGAUGCCAAAGUCCCUCAAGUGUCGUUUAAUGUGCAUGCGAAAGAAGGACAGCCCCAACCCCAGCCCCGUGCCCACUUUACUGCGGGCCCAGGCGUCAAUAUACCAGACACUGACAUGUACCCAGGUCCCCCAGCUGACUUUGCCUUGCCCCCUUCAGAAUUUGCCGGAAAGGUCACAUCUACAAAUACAAAUCAAGAACCAAUAUUUUUACUGACCAAGGCUGGAGCAUCACCACCUGCUAACAUUCCUUCCCUUCAAGGAAUGUCUACUCCCACCGAAGAACCGUCUGUGAAGAGAAUCUCAUCAUCUGUCCCAUCCUCACCUCCCACUACACCUCCAUCUGGCAAAAAUCCUCUUACUCGAGCAACCAUUCAAGGAAUGCUGGAAGAAGCUCUGGAGCGGAAGAAGGCUGAAAUAGCUCGCGCUGCCCAAGAGUCUUCGGCAGCAGCCACCCCCGCCACGGUCCCGGCCGCGGUCCCCGCCACGGCCCCAGCGCCGACGGCUGCUGAAACGGCCCCAGCCACGGCCUCGAACCCCAAGCCCAAACUGGGCCACACGUGCACCUCGGCCAAGCACAAGCAGCACACGCACUCGCCCAGCCACAGAGACCCCAAGAACUGCGACUGCUGCUUCUGCGAGAUGUUUGGCCACGGGGCGCCCCCCGCCGCGCCGACCAGCCACCGAUUCCACGAGAACCGGCAGCGCCUCCGCUCCAAGCUCAACAAGAGCCGCGCCAGCAAGCAGCAGGCCGCGGUCCCGAUCCCAGCAGCAGCCGCGGGUGGCGCGCGGACGGUCACCGGGUCCGUGGCCCUCCCGGCCGUGGCGGCCACCAAGGCGGCCACCAAGGCCCCAGCCGGCGCCGUCAAGGUGGUGACCGGCCCUCCCCGGCCCACCACGGUUGGCGCACCUGCAGCUGCAGUCGCACCCGGCAGCAAGGCGGGCGCCACCGUGGUCGUCAGGGCGGCCGCCCCCAUGCCCGCCGGAGUGGCUGCAACUGCUGGGGCCGCCAAGAUGGGCGCGACGGGGCCGGUGGUGGCGACGCGCGUGGCUGGCGCGGGCGUCAAGGUGGUUCCUCAAGGUGCACCCCAAGCAGUGCCCCACGCUGCCCAACCGCUGACCGGGGCCGCCGCCGCCCGGGCGCUUGCGUACAGUAUGGCGGCGGGGUCGUCCCAGACGGCAUGUAAGUCGACUUGCUCAGAGCCCGAGUCCUGCCCGCCGUACCUGGUGGGCCUGCACCGUCCUGUCCCCGUCAAGCCCGACCUGAAGCACACGGGCCCCGAGGCCGAGGCCGCCGAGGCGGAAGGUGCGAGGGUCGCCAGGGCAGUGGCAGUGGCCGUGGCCAUGAGAGGUGCUCAAUCCAAUUUUGCCUCGGCGUUGAAUGCUCCCGUUAAUAUUGCUACAUUUGCACCACCUGCAGCGGGCUCAAGUCAGACAGCGUUUACCGGCACCGUCGAGAAGAGGCAGACUGUGAUCGCGGCCGCUGCGAGCAGCGCGCAGGCCGUCCAGGCGGAGGGCUCGGAGGCCAAGGGGGUGCGGCCCUCACACGUGGCCGCAGCCAAGUUGGCGGAGGCGGGCACCGUUCGCACCAACACGCAGCCUCAGCCUCGGCCGCUCAAGCUGAUGCCCAGAGUGAUAUCACGGCCCGACCACUCGCCGGACACGCUUCCGCCAAUGUAUCCGAUGCCGUACCCGCAGCCGUCCACCAGCGUCAAAGUGACAGUUACCAGUAGCAACCAAAAAGCAGCGGCCAGUGCUGCGCCCAAAGGGAUGGCGUCACAGCCUGCCCAAGUUCCCCAACCAGCUCAGGGUGCUGCUUGUCAGAGGAAAGUGGCAACCCCAGUCCCCGCCCCACCCAAGGAGGAGCCUGUUAAGAUAGAAGAUACUAGGCCAAUCGAUGAAUUGUUGGACUUUAUUGAAGGUAGCCCAAAUCCUGAACCAAAGAUUGUAGACUCUAAAAAAGCAGCCAAAAGGGAAAGACAGAAGCAGAAAAAGCUUGAACAGCUGAAGAGAGAAGAAGCAGCCAAGGCUCAGACCCCUGAUGUUACCAUCACAAUGCUCAAGGACUCUGAUCCAAGAGGGAAGGGUAAAAAGGGAUCCACUAAAAGAACAGAAGAAGUUGUAUCAACUAUUCCUAGCGCCACUGCUCAAAGUAUACGGGAUCGUAUCAAAAGUCAAGUUGGUGAAGUUGCCAAAAAGAUGGGUAGUUCAGAUCAGCCUCAGAUGGUUACAAUUAGGCGUGUAAUGGAACCCAACAGUAGUGAACCCACUGUUACAAUUACCCUGAAAGGUGCUACCCCUGACAAAGAUAAAGUCUUAUUUACCUUAGUGAAUGGUCAGAAUGAAGUGGUCUGUCAUGAUCAAGCCACAUCAGCGCCUAAAACUAAAAAGCAAAGAAAGAUGGAGAGGCGCCUUCUUCGUCAACAACAGCAGCAGCAAAUACAAGUGGAAGAGGGCUUAGACAAUGAAGAGGAGGAAGAAGAAGAGGAAGAAAUAGAUUUGUCCAGUCUCACCAAAACUCAAAGAAAGAAGCUUCGUAGAUUGCAGCGGAAGCAGGAAGAAGAACAGUUAGCUGAAGAACAGCGUCUGAGAGAAGAGGAAGAAGAAAGACUGCGUCUAGAAGAAGAAAAACGAAGGCUAGAGGAAGAAGAGAGACUCAGGAAUAAGAAAUCUAAUGCAAAGAAGGGUAAAAAAACAGAACAACCUAAACCCACAAAUAAAGUCAGUAAAGGUACUCCUGAGCCCGACUCAGAUGACGAGUUUCUCAUUCCAGUUCAAAUGACCAAAAAAGAACGGAAGAAGGCUCGCAAGGAACAACAGCUAUUGGAGGAUGAGCUUAGGCGACAGAGACAGAAGGAAGAAGAAGAAAGAGAGAAGCAGAGGCAGCAAGAGUUAAAGGAACAAAAAAAGAAACAGAAAGAACAACAAAAACUAAAAUCACAACAGCAGAAGCAAGAGAAGGCCCAGCAACAGCAGAAAGGAAAGGAGAAACAAAAACAGGCACAGCAACAAAAACAGCCUCAGGUACCCAACCAGCAACAACAGCAACAAAAGCAAAAACAAAAGCAAGCAUCUGUGAAGCAGCCACAGCAGCAACAACAAAAGGGGUCUUCAAAACAAGGUGGAAGAAUCACAACCAGUAUCAUUCCAAAUCCUCUCACUCUUGGAUCUUAUAUGCCACCAGUUGGAAGCUUAGAAUGGACCACACAGGCCUUGGCUGCAUCAAGACCGAAUGUUACCAUUCAGCCAGCGGCCGCGGCUGCUUCGCCGUCACUGGGAGGCUUAGAGCAACGUUUUUCCACCACACUUACCCUAAAUGGGAAGCCUAUUUUGCCUCCACCAAGGCAGACCACUCCGGAGCCAUCUCAAGACUUUAGCCUUGAAAACCUUAAACUUCCGCCUGGAAUUACCAUUACCAAAGUAGAUCCUAGCCAAGUUGCUCAAAGGAAACCUCCUAUUUCCAAGCCUCAAGUUACCAAAACUGUGGUUCUUAAUCCCACUCCAACUACUAUUAUAGCAGCUCCUCUUUCUGGAAACAGACCUCCUAGCAAUUAUAAUUCUGGUUCAGGCCAGGAUCCCAAUUCAAAUGUGAUAGUCGUAGACACCGGCAAACUGAAACAGGACAUAGCCAAGAGAGAAGAAGAACCAGAGCAGGUUGUGUCCAGGAAGAAAAAGAAUAAUAAAAACAAGAAGGCUGCAGAAGCUCAAUCAAGACUGCAGGGGCCACCUUCAAACGGUUCCCCCUAUCUUUAUGGUAUGAAUUCUGUGAGCAUUACACCUGCUGGGCAACCUGCAGCUGCUGCUACUAACCCUCAAGCUGCCAUCAUUAAAGUGAAUGGGAACAUGGUGACCAUUCGCAACCCAGCCAUCCACCCUACACCACAGAGGUAUUCUGGGCCAGAUGAAGUAGCUGGGCGUAAACCCACCCCUAGUAAUCCUCCUCCGAGCUUGCACCAAAAUCGUAAUAAAGAAAACAACACAUUACCACCCCGAUUCGCAAAUGCCAAGCUUGCUCAACAGACAAAUGGAAUGAAUGGCUAUGUGCCUGAGUGCAGCAAUGUUCCUAAACAUCGCCCUGCUCCUCAAACAUUUGAAGUUCCUAAAUCACAUAAGCUUCAUUAUGAGACACCUCCUCGUCACAUGGAGGCUCCUCCCCGUCAUUAUGAAGCUCCUCAAUCAUCUCAUUUAGAUGGAGCCUCCCUCCGCUACUUUGAUUCCUCUUCUCAUCAUUUUGAUGCUGCUCCUCGUCAGCACUUUGAUCACCAAGCACGACACUUGGACCCCGCUCCUCGUGCUUUUGAUCACAAUGCGCGGCACUUUGAGCCGCCAACUCACAAUUUCGAACAUCCUGGUCACCUUUUCAAUCCGCCACCCCAACAGCCUAUGCCAUUCAGUAUGCAUGACAAGCAUACCAAACAUGUAACACCUCAAAACUAUGCUGCUGCCAUUGAGGGGAAUAAAUAUAAGCUAAAGAGUGCCUACAACAAUGAUGACUGGCAACUUUUAGAUAACGUGUUUGCACCCAAGGAUAUAGACUUGGAAGAUGGUGAUAUAGAUGAUGAUGAGCGGGAGCUAGAAGCUUUCAAGCGUUUUUGUCUUCAGUCCGUGCCUCCAAAACGGAAGGAGAAAGUUCAUCUCAAUAUUGAAGACAUAGUCUUGAAGAAAAAGUCAUCUGUUGUGAGCUGUUCCUGAAUGUUUUGUUUUAGAUGCCAUAAGAAUUCAUACUUUACUGCCAUUUUCAACCCUCUGCAACUCCGAUCUGAAAAAAACAUUUUUUGUUUUGACAUUAGGUUUAUUUUCAACAGUAUUUUGUAAAUAAAUCUUUUAGUGAAGCGUGAUACCUGAUGCUUGUUGCCACAUGUACUUUAAUUUAGCAAUUGUCCAUUUCAAUGUCUAUUGUCAUGUCAAACAUGCAAACCAUCGUGUGUUACAGUAAAUAUGUUACGGUGAAGGAAGAAGUUGCGCGAUUGUCAAAAGUAAAGCUAAAAUAUGUUUUUUGACGGGCCACACGCACAACGCUCACAGGAAGGAUGGCCAUGGAGCCUUCUUGCCUCCUUGACUUCCUGGUCGGCCUCCAACCUGUCUACAACACACCAAACACACUGGUGUGAGGACGGUAGCCUAUUUUUGCCCCUGAGCCGCUCGCGCCAUCUCUGGCCUGUGUAGGUAUCAUACUCGUCGACAACAUUCUUUGGCUGUAACAAAUACAACCAAUGUGUCAAAUAGAGAAUAUUAUCUUUCUCUGUUCUUCUAAAACAACUUGUGUGCAUUCAUGAAUGUAUGUGUUUUAAAUGUCUUUCUGCUUUAAAAUUUGAACCCAGUGUGUCAAUGUAGAAUUACAAUUUAUUAUGUUUGUGACUUAAUUGUUUUCAUCCAUAUUUUAUUGCCUUGAUUAGGUAUUUAUCUAAUUAUUGUCUGGGAGGCUCCAAGUAGUGGGAGUCUUUCAAUGACUUUCACUUGAUAUUCUACAAAAUGCUCUUCAGCUAUUUAUCAACUCUGUGAAUGUUUGUAGCUGUUUAUGUCCAAGUCUUUUUCUAUUAAAUUUCAUUUGUUACUAUAUUUGCAUGACCAUAAGUGCCAAUUUCUUUAUGUCCCUAUGUGAAUGUCCCUGCCUCAUCUUAACUUGGUAGCUGGUGAUAAAGGUCAAAGAACUGACUGUGUUGUAAACUGCUGCAACUUUUCGUUAGUAGAUUUUUCCCAUCUCUGAAGAAGUUUGAAUUAUUUCGUGGAAUUUUGUGUGAUAUCUUUGUAAAUGAUACUGCGAAAUAUAGUCACGGAAAGCCAACAAAAAGCGUUCCAAAUCCAAGUUUUUUUUUUUAAAUUAGAGUGACAGCAGCAUUUCUUUACCAGCAUGAUAUGUGUUUCAUUUUCAUUUGUUGUCUAAGCUCAUUGCUGCUCACUGAUAUGUAGUUCAGCUAGGUAUUGUUAAAUUUAUGUGAAUUAAAUUAAAGAAAUACCUACGGUAUGGUGUGUGUUUAUACGUAUUGUACAAUUUAAAUACUGUUUUGACGUAACUUAAUGACUCCCAUCAGUUUAAGAAACGUUGUUUGAAUUAUUUGAUUUUUUUUCAAUGACCAUUGUGAAUCAUGAAAAUUAUUGUGUCAUAUGACAGGUAGUCUCCCUUGUGAAGUUUUGUAAAAGAAGCAUUUGCGCUUUCUCUCUCUCUCUGUCUUGUGUAUUUAGUUAAUUUAAAACUUGUAAAUAUUGAACUUGAGGGAUGUACGUUGACUGUGGUGUUGUAAAUUACUGCUAGAUUGUAGCUAAAAUGAAUGAAUUAAUUGAAGAAAACAUA